AUGCUGGACAAUCUUUCUUGCGCCUGGCCCGUCUCGGCCCGUAGAUCGACUGUCUCUUUCCUGCUGAAUCGCUGUGAGCGCGAGCUCGAGGUCUUGACGCGACUUUUGGGAUUUCUCGACUUGUGCGACGCUGACAAAGGUACUCACGGGUGGCGAUGCGCUCUGCCCUGGCUCGAUCACGCCGAGAAGCCGCCGCGCGGACACGCAGGGAAGCCUGCUGGAGAUCCCGAUCCAGUUUUGAUACCCGAUCUUAAGCUCGGCGGUAUGUGUGGCGAUCGCGGUGUCGGCAACCCUCAAGUGACGCUCAUAGUUGUCACGCAAGAUGCGGAGGCGACGCGUCUUGUACUCAAUCACGGCCUCGAGACGAACUACUUCUGCUUGAGCAGCCUACUGGGAAGUAGCUGA